AUAUAGUUAAUUGCGCAUGUAGAAUUGCUUGCACUUCUCUAGUGCGGCUUCAGUUCUCGGCAUUUGGAAUCUCCAUGCAACUGCCUCUUGCUGCUCUAAAACACGGUCCACUUGAGUCGAAGUGAAAGCUGAAAGAGCCCAUCCACUGUACAUUCCCACUGAAGCAUGGCUGUGAUAUAACUAGGUUUUCUUGCCAUCUGCAUUGUAGGGGCUCUUCCUCUUGGUCGGUAGUAGAGUUGAGAAUCUUCACAGGCUUAAAGUCAAACUCGUUUUGCUGCUGCCUGCAACGCAUUUCUCUUUCAGUCAAUUUCUGUUUCAAAGUAUCUGAGAAAGGUUUGUCAUCAUUUAGACAGCACAAAUGGAUGUCUAUUCUCAUUUAUGCAGAAUGCCUGCAAAGGAGAAAGAAGGGUGCUUAGGAAACAAUAAGACCGAUGCAGGAGGGUCAAACGAUAAGAACUUGGACCUCACUCUCGGUCCCCCCGGAGAAAGCUUUAUUCAAGGAGCCAAAAGGGUGUUUGAAGACGCUGUAACUCAUAAAGCAGGACAUCCAAAGCUCUUGCAUAAACACCCCUGCUUGAAUCCCCCUUUGACAGACCAAAAAAUUGAGGUGCUUGCUGAUAGCAGGACAUGCUGGACUGAGAAAACAACUUUGGCUUUUCGUAGAGUGAUUCAGGAACUCAAGAUGCAGCCCAAUUCUUCGUACAAACAGUUCUCUUUAACCUCCCCGCUGAAUGAGAUGGUUGCAAAAUCUUCACAAGAGUGUGUCUAUAACGAAGCAGACUUGCUCAAUUUAAACAAUGAAGCCCUUUCAAGUCCAGUUAUUCUGCCUGGAAACUCUCCAAAAAGAAUUCCACCUGGUCCAGUCGUUGGGUGGCCUCCAUUAGGUUCCUUCAGGAAAAACAUAGCAAACAACUUCUUGUGCAGGCAAACUUCUGAGUUGUCAUCGAAUAACUUUGGGAGGCAGGACAAUUGUGAACGUCAAUCAGAAGAUCCAAACCAGCACAUGUUUGUAAAGAUCUACAUGGAUGGAUUCCCAAUAGGAAGAAAACUGAACCUCAAAGCCUAUGACAGUUAUGAGAAGCUCUCUGUUGCCAUUAAUGAACUUUUUAGAGGCCUUCUUGCUGCUCACAGCUUUACCGGUGAUGAUACAAGUGCAAAGAGAGAGGACACAAAUGCCGAAAAUGGGGAAUGCACUCUAGUUUAUGAGGAUAAUGAAGGAGACAGGAUCCUUGUUGGCGAUGUUCCGUGGAAUAUGUUCGUAUCUACUGCCAAGAGGCUGCGCAUCUUGAAGAGCUCGGGUCACUCCGCUUCCCUGCCACUUGUAAGCAGUGAUCGUCUUUCAGUUGUAAGCAGUGAUCAAGAAAAUAAACCUCUUGAUUCAGCAGCAAAAACUGGAAAAUGAUGGAGACCUUGAGCUAAUCAUCAGGAGUUCGCAGAUUCAAGGACUUGUAUAUUGUGCCUCCUAGUUUUUUCUGUUUUGGACCAUCCAUAAGGCUAUUCUAGAUGUUUGUGUGUUAUUAGUUCUUGUCCAUCUAUUUGUACAUAGCAAUGCAUUAGUUUAUUAGGACUUAUCAGCUGAAGCAUAUAUGUAAUUACAGUUAGUUUUUUCUGCUACAAGUAAAAUUCCCCUCGACAGAAUGGAUUUCAGUAA